AUGAAGUUUUCACACAUCAUCGCAACAUUGGCUCUCGUGUGCAUCAACAUGACGGUGAUGCCAGUUGCAGCAAGAACGUUGGAGUCAAUGGAGGUUCCGAACAACCUCCGUGAUAAGAGAUGGGCUCCCACUGAGGUAUCAGUAGCUGACGUCAUCAGGAUGGCCUGGCAACUGCGCAUGGAAGAACUACAAAAACAGGAAAAAUUGAACAGGAAGAAAACGAGGUCUGUUGAUAUGGAGCUGGAAAGUGAAAGAUCCAAGAGGGAUCCAGAAUUCGUGAACAAUAUGUGGGUGCCCGAAACCAUGCCAAUGAAUGAAUAUCUUAACUCGAGAACACUCGUUGUUAACAUCAUUCGCGACCAGCGUGCUGUCGAUAUUGCCAACACUCCCAGAAAUCCUGUUACCAGCAUGGGCUGA